AUGACCACAAAACCCACAAAUGGUGACGGUGCCGGCCGGCGAAACGUCGACACUACUACUACGAGUGGAGGAGAAAACCCGAACCCUGGCCAGACACACUCAUCAAGAUUCAAACCAACCUCAUCCUCCAAACCCAGCACUAGCGGCGGCGUAGUCGGCGGCUCGUCAACGGGUGCACCCGCCAUGCCGCCACUGGUCCCAUCUCCAACGGAGUACAAUCGUGAGCUGGGGAGCUACAACCCUUCUUCGGGAACGGGAUAUAUACCUAGCCACCGACAGCAGCAGCAAGAAGCUACGCAGCCGGCCACUGUGCCUACAGCAGCGGCGACGAGUGAGGCGUCUGGAAGUAAAGGUGUCGGAGGCAGGAUUAAAGGUGCCGUUGCUGGUAUUCACGGCGUCGGAGAAUCAAUCCGAGGAACAUUCAAUGCGACAGUUGAUCGUGCAUUCAACGAGCCAGAGGGUGUAGCCAAGAACGAAGCUAUUGGACGCGAAGGUGAAUAUGAGGUAAAAUCAGGCCGGUUUGCGCCUUCGACGAAACAGCGAGAGGGACUCAACACUGAGAACCGGACUUAG